AUAAUUGGUGUGGUUGCCAGGCAACGUCCCUAGUCACCGCUUCCAUAGCAACCUACAACACAGUUUAAACUACUACAGACUACAGCAGCUCUGAGUUUCUUUUAGCAAUAACCGUUAUGGCUUUACCGUUUCUACCGGGAAAUUCUCCCAAUAAAUACCUGGACAAGGAGAAAUUCCACAAAUCCCAGCAUUUUGACGUGUCUAAUGGAGUUCGCAUGCUGGUGGGACCAGAGAAGCCGGGGAUCGGAGGAGAGCCUUUAGUUGGCCAGAAGAUGAAACCACAGUACUCCGUGUAUCCCAAAGGACAGGGCAGGGGCGUGCCGUCAUGGGUCGCCUUUGACAAGCAGGCUUUGUGUUUUGAAGCAUACUUUCAGGAAGCUGUGGCUGAAGCACAGCAUGAGACCCACAGAAUCCGCAAGUGUAACAUUUACUUCUACCUGGAAGAUGAUACCAUACAGGUGGUGGAGCCAGGGUACAAGAACAGCGGCAUCCCUCAAGGAACAUUUAUUCAUCGCCAUCGCAUCCCACUGCCUCUACCUAAUGAUGGCCAGUUUUACAACAUUUUCCAUUUCAACCUCAACCAACAGAUGGUGUUGUACUCCCGUACAUUCACUGUGACCAACUGUGAUCCUUUUACAAGAAACUUCCUCACUAAACUUGGCAUACGCCUAAAUGACCCAAUUCCUGUACCUGAUGACCCCUACAGCAAUCUCAGAGAGGAGAUUGAGAAGAGUAUGAAGCCACUCCGGCCAUACGAGAGGCACGACACACUGAAGCAGUUCCUGGAGCAAGACCGCAAUGUCCUGUGCUUCUACUGCUUCUGGGACGACACAGAGAGCACGUACGGCGACCUGCGGGAGCUCGUACUGCACUACUUCCUGGCUGAUGACACCAUAGAGAUCCGGGAGGUUGUUUCCCCUAAUUCUGGGAGAGAUACUGUCCCCAAAUUUCUGCGACGUAGCAAACUGCCCAAGCAUUCAACUAGAAUGAAGCAGCCUGGGGAGAUAACAGACCGCACAGUGCUCAAUGUGUUUGCUUCUCCAAGUAAAGGAAAAUGCUUCAUUCUUGACAGCCUCAAAACCGGAGCUGUUCAUGAGGACUUUUAUAAGGACGAUGAUCUGACUGUAGGCGGGGAGGUGAAUGUGUGGGGCAGAAGAGUGAUCCUCACCGACUGUGAUGAUUUCACCAAAGAAUAUUACCGCUCCAAAUACGGCAUAGAGGACUUCACCCCGGUUCAGUACAAAGAUCCAGAAGUCACUGAGCCCCCGAGGCUUUUGCCCCCCUACAAUGGCUUUGGAUCAGAAGAGGACUCUCUAAGCUCCUGCCAUGGCCUGCUACCCAAGCCCCCGCAGAAGGAUUUUCAGAAAUUUAUGGAGAAAGACAGAUGCGGCCUAAACAGUAAUGUACUAAAUUUUCGCGCCAAGUUGCUGAGCACCAAUCAGGUGGACAGUGAGAGGCUGUUCAUCAUCUCCUUUUACCUCAGCGAUGACUCCAUCAGCGUGUAUGAACGACCACAAAGGAACUCAGGUGUGAUCGGUGGUAAGUUUCUGGUGCGUGGUCGUGUGAAGAAACCGGGACAGGAGUUGUUCAAGAGGGAACUGUCAGAGUACUUUACAGCUCAGGAUCUGUAUGUGGGAGCUGCCCUGAGCCUCAACAAUAAGGAUUUCCAGCUUGUGGAUGCUGAUGAAUACACCCUCAAGUACAUGGAACAACACGCUGAGGAGUUUCCCAAAUCCAACGUGGGCAUGAUUCUCAGCAAACUCCGUUCCAUUCCUGAGGAGAAGCAGACUGAGAUCAGGAAGUUUCUGAAUAUCAGUGACCCCAACAACACCGGCUUCAUCCCCUACGACUCACUCAGGGCCCUGCUGGUGGGCCUGGACUUUGGUCUGUCAGAGCAUGAGGUUCUGGCCCUGGGCCGACAAUUCUCAGUGCGGGAGGAGCCUGAGGCAGACGUGAGCCUGGUGCUGGCUGUGGUCCAGGACCUUCUCAGGAAGAAACCGUUUGAAGAGUUUCCUGAGCUGAGCAGAGCCUUUAGUUAUCGUGACCGACACAGAACCGGACGUCUCUCCAUCAAAGACACAAGAACCAUUUGUAAGUCUUUCCACGUUCCACUACCUGAGAACCUGCUUGGAGAUCUGUUCAGCAGGUUUGCAGAAGGGGAAGAGAUUGACUACCAUGCCUUCCUGGCUGGCAUUAACUGGCUAGAGAACCCUGCACCUCCAGUUCUGCCCGAGGACUCCUUAAAGUUUGAUGUGAACGCUCGAUUUGAAGCUGGUGAAGUUGCAGCAAAACACAUCAACUACUCAGCUCUGCUGGACGGCGUAUUCAACAUUAACCCAACAACAGCAACGUAGACGCCCAGACGGAGGUGAAGCCACCGGGCUGCAGAAGCAGACCACUGUGCGUCCACUGUGUGGGAUGAGUGCUCAGAAUGAUACUGCACGCAUAGAUUUAAUACAAUAAUUGUUCUUUGACAAUGCUGGUCAACACAAGCCAGUGGUCCAG